AUGCUUGGCAUCAAGGCCUCCCUGCUUUUGUCCGCCUUGGCAAUCCUCAGCCCUACAUCAUGCAGGGUUAUCGAGGAACGUGCUGUCGCGGACCACGCUGUGACUUUCCAAACCAUCUACACACCACCAACCAACUACCCCACUCCCAGGACGCUCUAUGGUCGCAAUGUUCAGCUUGCUGAUGGUACAAUUCUCGCCACCUGGGAAAACUAUAGCCCUGAGCCUCCGAAGGUCUACUUCCCCAUUUACAAGAGCUCAGACAAGGGAUCUACCUGGUCACCUUUGUCCAAUGUGACUGAUACCAAGAACGGCUGGGGUCUUCGUUACCAGCCAUUCCUAUACGUCUUGCCUCAGGCGAUUGGCAACCUUGCCAAGGGAACAAUUCUCCUUGCUGGAAACAGCAUUCCAACUGAUCUGAGCAAGACAAAGAUCGACCUCUACGCUUCUACCGAUAGUGGCAAGACCUGGAAGUUUGUUUCCAGCGUUGCCAGUGGCGGAAAGGCUGUCCCAAACAAUGGCGAAACUCCUGUUUGGGAGCCAUUCCUCAUGGUGUACAAUAACAAGCUCGUCUGCUACUAUUCCGAUCAGCGCGAUUCAGCCUACGGCCAGAAGCUGGUUCAUCAGACAUCCAGCGAUGGUGUCAACUGGGACGCUGUCGUCAACGAUGUACGCGGAACUGCCUACUCUCAGCGCCCUGGCAUGACCACCAUUGCCAAGCUCCCCAACGGAAAGUGGAUGAUGACAUUUGAGUACGGCGGAGGUGCUUCACCCAACAAUGCUGCAUUCCCAGUCUACUACCGCAUCUCCGACUCGCCUCUUACCUUCGACAGCGCGGCUAACCAGAUCCUUACUGCUGGUAGCCGUGCGCCCAGCUCUUCGCCGUACCUCACAUGGUCGCCUUCUGGAGGUUCUAGCGGAUCCCUGAUUGUUACUGCAAACAGCGACAAUGGUAUUUACAUCAACACGAAGUUGGGCGAUGCCAACUCUUGGGUGUACUACGACAUUCCCCAGCCUGGAGCAUACUCGCGACAGGCCAUGGUUAUGGAUAACCCUGACUGGCUGUACGUUAUGAGCGCUGGAUAUCUGAACAGCAAUAACUGGGUCACGGAUAGUGUUUUCAAGCUUCCCAACUUGGCUUAA